CUUCUGCAUCCGCGCCGGGGCGAGCGGGUCCUCGGUGUCCGCGGCAGUCCCCGCACGCCACCGCCGCGCGCGCUGCACACCGCGGCCCUGCCCGCUCUCCCGGCAGAAAAGGCGUCUUCUCCCGGUGAGAGGGCACUGAGGCUGGGGGAUCCCUCCGAGAGCCCAACAACCAGCAGCACGUUGGGGGAACCGAAGCUGUUUUUCUUCGUUUUCAGUUUGCCGGGGAAGAAGUUUUUUGAUCCCUUUUUUUUCAAAAUGGAUUAUUUCCCCAUGAUUUUCUCUCUGCUGUUUGUGGCUUUCCACGGAGCUCCAGAAACAGCGGUCUUGGGUGCUGAGCUCAGCACGGGGGCUGAUGACGGAGGGGAGAAGCCCUCUCCCAGUGCAUCGUGGCGGCCCCGCCGGUCCAAGCGCUGCUCCUGCUCUUCCUUGAUGGAUAAAGAGUGUGUCUACUUCUGCCAUCUGGACAUCAUCUGGGUCAACACUCCCGAGCACAUUGUUCCAUAUGGGCUUGGAAGUCCUUCUAGGUCCAGGAGAUCCUUAAAGGAUUUAUUCCCUACAAAGGCUGCAGUCCACAGGAAUAGAUGCCAGUGUGCCAGCCAAAAAGACAAGAAGUGCCGGAAUUUUUGCCAAGCAGGAAAAGAACUCAGGGCUCAAGACACUACGGAGAAAGGCUGGAAUAACCAUAAGAAAGGAAAAGACUGUUCCAAACUUGGAAAGAAGUGUAUUCUUCAGCAACUAGUGGAAGAAAGAAAAAUCAGAAGGUUGGAGGCCAUCAGCAACAGCAUCAAAACAUCAUUUCGUGUUGCAAAGCUGAAAGCUGAGCUUUACAGAGAGCAGAAAGUGACCCACAACCGAACCGACUGAUGACAAACCUUCGGGGCCUGUCUGAAGCAUCGCCUCCAUAGAGAGAUGCUCUCUUCACACUGGCUGGGAUCAGAGCAGGAGUCUCCUCCCUACUUAAACCAUUUCUAGCUCCAAACUGGCAGAAGACCAGCGUCCUCGUUCGAAACCUUCCAAGAAAGGUUCAGGAGUUCCCCCAAACUGUCUCCAUUUGCUUCCAUUGGUGGUAACUUCUUUCGUCUCUUCUUUCAUUUGGGGAUGACAAUGGACCUUUCAGAAAGCAGAGAGACACAGUGACAUUCAAAUUAGGGUCUUCCAGAGAAAGGAAGGAGAUUCCACAUGAGGGUGGAGUUUCUGAGGAAAGUUCCAAGGGAGUGUUUUUUUGUCUGACUCAGGCGCCUGGCACAUUUCAGGGAGAAACUCCAAAGUCCACGCAAAGCUUUUCUAAGGAAUGCACAAAUUGAAAACACACUAGAAGGACAAACACUCGAGUUAAAAAAAAAAAAAAAAAAGACUUUUUAAAAAAUUCAUAAAAUGCAAAACUGAAAGAAACUGUUACUACUGUAUAUCAGGAUGUGUUUCAUGAAUAUGAGUCUACCUCACCUGUAUUGCACUCUGGCAGAAGUAUUUUCCACUUUUAAUUAUUGCCCACCCCAGCUCCUCCCCUCCUGCCACCCCCUCCCCCAAAUCCUAGCCUCAUAGAAGUCUGGUCUAAUGUGUCAGUGGUAGAUAUAACAUUUCCAUGGUAAUCUACUAGCUCUGAUCCAUAAGAAAGAGAUCAUUGAAUCAGGAGAUUCUCUUACCUUGAUUUUCAGAAACACAAUGGUAUAGGGUUGUUUAUGAAAGAUAUUGAAAAGUAAAUGUUGGUCAUGUUUCCAAGCAGUAAAAUCAUUUUUCUUUAUGUAACUGGUUAAUGGAAGAGGUUGGAUUGUAUUUUGGUGUACUUAUUUUUUUAAAGAUAUUUAUAUUCAAACAAUUUAUUCCUUAUAUUUACCAUGUUGAAUAUAUGUUCGGCCAGGCCAUAUUGGUCUAUGUAUUUUUUUAAAAUGUAUUUCUGAAUGAAAUUGAGAAAAUGCUUCAUUUUGCCUGUCAAGGUAAUGACUUUAGAAAAUAAAUAUUUUUUUCUCUAUUGUA